UAGAGAAGGGCUUUCUUUCUUGCUUGUUGAAACCCCUUGUAAGGUUAUUUGUUGUUUUUUGGUUUCGGGGAUGUUUUGGGUCUCUGCUGUUGCUUGUCUUUGUCUCUUCCGUUUUUAUUAUUUUGCUUUUCUGCGCUUACUUGGUUUCCUGCAUCCCCAGCACAACGAAAGAAGCUCUUACAAAAUUUUCAGGCGUUGUCCUUUACCACCAGCGGAUAAUUUUUGGCGGAGGCCUAGCAGUAGCCUGAAUGGGUCAAAAGAUUUGGUUUCUUUACAUAGAGCAAGCGCCCUUUCGAAGUGAGCUUUUCCCCCAGCGCGCGUGCCCCGGGCACAGGGCUGGGAGGCUCGUCCCACCGGCCCCGAGCCCACGGGCCGUGACCGCCAACUGGAAAUGCUGUGAAGGGGGCCCACGUGCAUGAAUAAGCCUGAGGUUCACGAGCUGCGAUGACUGAGUCGGAGUUCAUCUUUUUAGUUCUGCCUGCCGCUAUGUACGGCUGUGUGCUGAUACGGACUUGUCUGUGUGACUUCCUUCAUCCGUUUUCUUCCAUGGAAAUGACAGAUUGUUUUAUUUUGGACCUUUUGAAAAUUACUGCGUGCUCGAUACAGACAUCGCAAAACGUUGUGAAGUUGCACAGUUUUUGCAGAGAACCAUGCAUUUCUAUUCUUUAAACCCUUAACUUAGAAGGGAAUGGGAAUAUGAACUUUUGGUAUGGGAACUCCCAUGGCUUGGAACUACUGAACUAUAAAAAGUUUUCCAGUGCUUUAUUUGAUGUCUUCUAGAUAGCUGUAAAAUACGCUCCCUGCUUUGGUUGGUGCUAACCUUGACAGUCUUUUUUUUUUUUUUUAAAUAAAAAAAAAAGCUGUCAUUGCAUUUCCUUUGUUGUUGAGAUUAGUUUUAAGAGUUAGGCAAUUUGAAGUUUGUUGACAGUAAGUACAUUUGGAUAUUUUGGCUGGAUUGAUGAUAUGAAAAAACUGUGUACUUGAGCGAUGAGCUAGUGCAUACUGGAAAGACCUCCCAAUCUUGAAUUGCCAGAAAGGAUCUGAAACUUGUUUAAACUACAUCUGAAAUAUUACUGGGUUUGUGUUCUUGCUUCUUUAAUAACUUGAUAGUGUGGAAGCUUUUUAAUUUCAGGUCACAAUGGAUAUUACAAGGGGGAGCUUGGAUAAAAUUUCAAGGCCUGCAUCUAGCUCAAGAGCUUAUCCUAGUUGUAGAUCUUUAAGUGCAUCUAUGGAGAUAUUAACACCAGAGCCAUGUUUGCCAAAGGUUGAUUCACCUGUUGGUUUGACCAGUAAUCAUCAGAGAGACCGUUUAGACUACUGCUAUCCAGAGGAGAACAAAGAUGACAGAGAAAAAUCGGACAUCAAGAGAAUAAGAACAGCUAAACAAAACUCAGCGGAGAAUAUUACCCUCACUUUUCAGGAGUAUAUACAGAAUCCUAAUGAGUUGUCAGCAAACUCCUCCAACUCAAAAGAUUCUGAAGAGACAGAGGUAGAUCCUCAGAUUCAAGCAGCUAUAAGGAAGAUGAAUAAACUUGACACAAUAUUGGCAAAAAAACUCUUUAAAGAGAGAGCAAUUAAAAAACAAGGGAAAGAAGUGAGAGCAAAGCUCUGGGAAGAACUUCAGUCUAUCAGUACCUCUGGAAGUCAGGAGGAGAUAGAAAACACAAAACAUUUUUUAGCUUUGAUCUCAUCAUGGCAGGAUACAGCUGAUUCCCUCCACGUUAAGGAAGAUGAAAUAUGUAUUUCAGUAUUUCACACACAAAUUAAUCCAGAGGAUUAUGAUUGUCGUAAAAGCCAGCAUAAUCAGGAUCGUACAAAUGAAACAAAAACAAAUGGAUUUCUGAGUCAAGCGGAAAAAACACGUAAUAAAAGCAAUCAGGAUUUCAUUAAAAAGAACAUUGAGCUGGCAAAGGAUUCGGGAAACCAGGUUGCUUUGCUUGAGGGAGAAAAGAAAAGGUUGAUUGAACUAUUGAAAGAUACAGAAGAUGGAAGUGAAUUGCAGGGUCUUGAGGAAGAUGCAUCUGGCUGGCUAGUACCAGGAGAAGGGUAUACACCUGAACCAAUGGAAUUUCAUCACCUAAGUGAAAUAGAUAUUAAGCUUCAAGUACUAUCUGAUGGGGAUUUUUCUGCAAUUCAGAGCUCUUGCUCGAAACCUCCAAGCCAGAUUUAUCAGGAAUCUCUGGCUUAUGCAAACAGAAAACUAGAAGCCGUUCCAGGUGAGAGGGUUCUGCGAUACAAUAAGGAGCACCGUGAUCAGCAAAACCGUCUGAAAGAAAUAGACCAUCAGCUGAAAUCCCUGGAGGGAGAUCUUACUGAAGAACAAAUGGGCCUCUCUGAAGAGCAGCUUAAGACCCUUCUGGAAGAAUGUGUGCCGUCUCAGAGAACAAUGAGCAACGUUACCAUGCCAAAAUCUCAGGAAUCUCUUUUUUGUGGAUUACGUCCGCCUUGUUACACAAGUCAAGACUCCACUCUUCACUCCACAUCUACUCUUUCCAAAAUGUUAGUUGAAGACCAUAUUGUAGGGAUGUUAACAGCUCAGGAAAACGCUGGACUUGAAGACAAAAGCUUAUGUGUUAAUGCAGGGAGUGAAAUCCCUGGCUACUAUCUGAGCAAAGCGUUGGUUAAUAGUCAUUUACCAAAGGAUUCACUACCCCAAACAGAGGAACCUGGUGAUCUACAAGGUUUACAGAAGAUGGGAGAUAAGAGUAUUACUGAAGGUUACUUUAUGUCAAGAGCACUCAACACAAAAAAGUUGAAGAAACCUUCUUUCUUGGGUGAACCGUUGUAUUGCAUCAGCAUGAACAAUGAGCCAUCCAGGAAGACUGACAUUCUCAGCAUACCACUGCAAACCAAAGGAGGUGAGACUCUUAACAACGCUUUAGAAUAGGCUUUUGAUUACGAUGAAGAAAGCCAGACAGAUUCUCACCAAAGGUAUGCACUAAUACACACUGAUUAUUACGGUAGGGCAAGGGUAUACUUUUAUAAAACAUAAAACUAUGCCAAAAACAAUACGCACAAAAUAACAGAAUGUUUAUCAAAAUCCUUGCCCUAACCUAACUGGCUGUGAGACUAGAACUGUUAUGAAAUAAAAUAUUGAUGGUGACUAAUUCUGUCAGCUGGAAAACACUAUUGACUAUACAUGUGGAUUAUCUUUUUGGUAAUAGAAAAUCAUAUUCACUCUUUUGAGGAGAACUGAUAGUCUCCCAAUAGUAGCCUUCUACCAACUUCAUUUUUGCUCUCUCUUUAUUAGUGUAUUUUAAGGUGGGCUAUACUAGUUCAAGCAAAACAUGCACUGCAGCCAUUAUGGUGAGACCUGAGCAGGUAACUGUUUGAACCUGUUGGAACAGGUAUAGUCAGUAUGUGGUAACUUUAUUGCACAAGAGAGAAAAGGAUAUUGCAGCAGACCACGCUACUGUUAAGCAGUUUUCCAUAUGGGACAUCUCAUAAAGUUUUUAAGAAUCUGCAAAGUGACUAGUGUUAUGUUUAUCACGUAAUUUAAAGAUCCUUGAGUCAUAAUCGCUUAUUGUGUCAGAGCAACACAAUGUGGUGUUUUGACUACUUAUUUCCGUAGCAGUUGAGUAAUAUUCAAGCGUAUAGACCUCAAAUCUGUACAGUUAAUUUACAAAUCUGUACAUCUUGAUUUACCAGUCAUUUAGUGACCUAAUAUGUCUGGAAAAAAAAUAAGUGCCCUGAAUUUUCAAAAGUCUCUAAAUAUUUUCUUUUUUACUAAAAAACUAAGAAAAAAACAAGGAGAAUUCUUUGCAGAUAUCACUAUCGCAGCAGAGUUUGAGUCAUUGUGUCAGAUUCCAUUUCAGUCAUCUGUCAGAUUUUUUAAACAUCGUGUGAGAAGGUAAUCUUCAGGCAAAAUAAAAGGAAGUUCAAAAUAAAAGUCAAAUUUGAGUUUUGUAACUGUUAUUACAUUAGUGCCAAAUAUUUUGCAGUUAUCCAUAUGUAUAAAUUUGAAUUAAUUAUUUUAUA